CGUGUAAAUGUUCGGUUUGUAAUCUUAGUGCGCCAAAUUAGAUAUCGACUUUGUUGGGUUAAUCAACACUGGAAUUAUUUAGCCACGGUAUAGUUAAACAAUGAGAUUUAGGGCUAAAAUAGUAGACUUUGGAUGCCUUAAUAAUUUCACACGUAUUGUGAAUACCAUCUCGAAACUGACAAAAUCGUGCACGUUGCAGCUCACUGUUGACAACCUAUACUUUAUGCUAUCUGACAAAGUAGCCAGUGGGGGAGUCAGCAUGUGGUGUGAAUUAUCUCAGGGCAGCUUUUUUGAUGAGUUCCAGCUGGAGGGCAUGGCACCAAACGCCAAUGAGAUAUACCUCGAGCUCAUCCCAGAGAACCUCUUGCGGGCCUUGAAGACGACUCAGAAUGCCAAGUCCCUGAAAAUCAAGCUGACCAAGAAGCACUGUCCCUGUCUCACUGUGGCAGCUGAUCUGCCUUCCCUGUCUAGCAAUAGCCGAGUCGUCACACACGACAUCCCCGUGGGUGUCAUCCCCAGGAAAUUGUGGCAGGACUUCAAGGAGCCCAGUGUUCCUGACUUUGAUGUUAGCAUUUACCUUCCUCCUCUGAAGACCAUGAAGAACGUCAUAGAUCGGAUGAAGAACCUGUCAAACUUUCUGGUGCUGGAGGCCAACAAAAAUGGUGAGAUGAAUCUGAGGAUUGAAACUGAGCUGGUGUCUGUUUCUACUCACUUCAAAGAUCUUGGAAACCCUCCUUGGGUUUCCACAGAUGGUGAUGGCUCCAAGGAAGGCAGUCAAGAGCGUACAAAGAUGGCACAGGUGCAUGUUGACAUUAAAAAGCUGCAGCAGUUUCUCGCAAGUCAGCAAGUCAAUCCCAGCAAGGCCAUAUGCAGUAUUGCCAGUGACAGAACUGUUCACUUCAUUCUGUUGCAUGAAGAUGUGUCCCUGCAGUAUUUCAUCCCAGCUGUUGGGUAAUAAGACUCUGGUACAGAGGAAAAUUGAACCAGCAAGGGCAUACUGGCAAGAUAGCGUAUUCUUGAGUAGAAAAGUGAGUACAUUUGCUUCAUUAGAAAGUAAGAAAUUCCACAUUUCAGCUUUAUGCCUACAUUAAACUAAGGACAGUUUCAACAUUUUGCAAAAUAUUCCAUUGUGGAAAUGAAA